CUCCUUAACUUUUCUUUCAAUUUCUACUUCCUUGUUUGUGGAUUUGUUUUGACAUGAACCGCAAUCUCUGUGUCUCUGUGAAGUUCGUAUUUUUGGAUAUAAAACAACACAUGUCAGUACUCUGCAGCUUGCAGUAAAUCGAGUAUGUUGAAGUUAACAACAAGUAUUCUUUUCAGUCGGACCUGCUGAAAACCUGAUCGUCUCUGAACAGUGCAGGAAAUGGAUUUCCAGAAGCUGCUAUUAGAUGCAGGCAAGGCCCUUAGUAAGGACGAGGUGAAAGCUUUAGCAUUUCUUUGCACUGACCUCUUGGGACGAGGCACAACCUCAGUGGAGUUGGCCAGCGACAUCUUCUCCCGUUUGACAGAUCAAGACCGCCUAUCAUCUGAGCAACCACAUCUGCUGACCGAGCUUCUCCUGAUAAUCCAACGCACCCGUCUGGUCCGUGACCUCGGUCUCAAUGUAUCUACAACCGAGAGCCUUAUCUCUCCUUACAGGAAGCUGCUUUACGACCUUUCAGAGGACAUUACUGAUGAAGACUUGAAACAGGUGAAGUUCUUGUUGAACAAACAGCUCCCGCGCAGAAAACUGGAUGAAAAUGUUACUACACUGGAAGUCUUCCAGGAAAUGGAGCACAAGGACCUCAUCAACAGCACUAAUUUAAGUGUACUGAAGAACAUAAUCGAGUCUGUCUGUCCCAUAUUGAAAGAAAAGAUCAACCGGUUUGAAGAAGUGCAGGAGAGGUUCAGCGGCCCUAUAGCCCAAGAGAUGGGUGAACCGAUGUCUGUGUCAUAUCCUUCUGAAAAAAACCAAGUCCCUCAGUCUUUCAAUAGUGAAAGUACUGCUUCAGGUGAAAUACCAGAUCGUACAAAUGUGGUACAUGGUGGAGAUGACUGUGAGGACCUGUCACAUGGACUGAGAGAAUUAAGCACCAGAACAAGCAACUACGACUCCUCAGAAGCGAGAAGUGAUGCUAUAGAAAUAUCGCUGUCUCAAGAAGACAAGACUUCCACUAAACCGAAGACCUUUCGCCACAUACAGUUUCAGACUGCAAACACAAACAAUGAGGAUUUGGGAACGUAUCGAAUGAAUUCAGCAAAGAGAGGUAUCUGCUUGAUAAUAAACAACUACAACUUCUCUAAAUCCAAAGUGGCUCUCAGAAUGCGGGAGGGGACCAUAAUUGAUGAAAGAAAUUUGAAUGCUGUGUUUGAGUGGCUGGGCUUUGAGGUAGAGAUACGGAGAGACUGUAAGAGGGAGGACAUGCUGUCUGUUAUCCAGGAGCUUGCCAGAAGAAACCAUAGUCAGAUGGACUGCCUGGUAUGCUGCGUUCUUAGCCAUGGUCUGGAACAAAGUGUAUAUGGCGUGGAUGGCCUCACCGUCGAACUCAAGGAGCUGAUGGAACCUUUCAAUGGAUCUCGGUGCUCCUCCUUGGUUACAAAACCUAAGCUGUUUUUCAUCCAGGCCUGCCAGGGCACCCAAGAGCAGGCAGCUGUCUACAUCGAGUCUGAUGGCCCUACGGCCCAGAGAUCGAACCAACAACCUUCUCUAACCAUAAGGCAACCAGAACCUAAAAUUUCCAUCCCAUGUAAUGCAGAUUUCCUGCUGGGAGUGGCCACUGUUCCGUCUUUUGUCUCAUUUAGAGAGAGGAAGCAUGGCACGUGGUUCAUUCGGUCAUUGUGCCAAAACCUUGUUCGUAUGGUACCCAGUGGGUCCGACAUUGUGUCUGUCCUGACAAAAGUGAACGCAGACGUUAGCCAGAGGACUGAUAUCACCGGUGAAAAAAAGCAGAUGCCUCAGCCAGCCUUCACACUCAGGAACAAAGUGGUCUUUCCGAUCCCCAGCGCCCCUCCUCCCAGCCUGCAGCCCUGAAAACAAUCACCUGCCACCUGUUUGAUCGACCUGAACAACAGAUGAUCCCUGAGUGACCUGAAGUGUUGCAAUCUUUCAUUCAUUGUUUACAAUUUGUUGUUAUAAAGCAUUAAUCAAAUGUGUUUUGCAAUAUUUUUAUGAUGACACCUGAACUAGCUCCAUUUGCUGAUGAAGACUGUGAUAUCUGGUUGAAAACUCACAAAAGGCUUGUAAGUGGAGCUUGAGCUAAGAUGACUUUGUCACAAAAUGAUUUUAUCGCUUCGUGUAAGUCUGUUAUACCUGCCUGAUCACUUCCUCCACACCAGCAUUACCAAAAUUGAUCUGCUGAUCAUGCACAUUAAGUUUGAUGUAACAUUUGAAACAUCCAGCUCAUUAUUUUUUCUAUUUAAUCUUCUAUACUCCUACUUUAUACUUGGAUAUUGAUUCCUGGUACCACCAGCACAGUAGCUUUUAUAUCCUCCGAAUGUUAUUGCAUUAUUUUAAUUCAGUCAUUUAAUGUCACUGUAUAGAUACGGCUGUCACAAAAACAGCUCAAGAAAUAAAUUUUCUGUCAAUCAAACAAUAAACUCUU